AUGAGCGGAACGCCACGUCCUUCGCAAGGCUUGACGGAGAACUCGCCUACAACAUCAAGAAUUCUGCCAUUGCCGGAUAACUUAGUAGCGGAUACUUCUUCGUCUAGAAGUACCGUACCAUCUAAAAGAUUUUCUAUUAGAGAACGAUUCGUUGGUUCACGAAUAAAAGCGCGCACGGACGAAGAUGAUCAAGACGGUAUCAGAGGUCCUAUGGGACUUAGGCUUGUGCAUUCCUCCCCCGAGCCUCUCAUAGAUCUGAUAUUCGUACACGGCCUGCGCGGAGGGUCUAUUAAAACAUGGCGACAAGGCAAUGACCCUAGAAUGUUCUGGCCACAAUUUUGGCUACCCAAGGAACCCGGCCUUCGCAAUGUCAGCGUCCAUAGCUUUGGGUAUGAUUCGGAUUGGGCUAGUAUAAAACCGAGUAUUUUGAAUGUCCACGAUUUUGGCCAGUCGUUGCUAGAGGAGAUGAGGAAUUCACCACAUCUAAGAAAGAACCCUAGCGGACCUAUCAUACUCCUUGGGCAUUCAAUGGGAGGCCUAGUGAUCAAGAAGGCGUACUAUUUAGCAAGAGACGUGCCGGAUCUUGGAGAUCGUAUCAAAUGCAUUUUCUUCCUUGCCACUCCGCAUAGGGGCUCUGAUUAUGCGGCGCUUCUCAAUAACAUCCUAGCUGCAACAGGUGUAAUGUCAUCUCGUCAUUAUAUCACCGACCUUACAAUUGGCUCAACUUCCGCGGAACAAAUCAACAAGGACUUCAGAAAACAUGCGAAAACGUUACCUAUCUUCUCAUUUUACGAAACACUUCGGAUGAAUUUAGGGUUUACUUCUGGUUUAAUUGUGGAAAGGUCUUCGGCUAUUCUUGGCCCCAGCUUUGAAAAUGAACGAGUCCAAUAUAUAAAUGCAAAUCAUCGAGAGAUAUGCAAGUUUGAUAGCAUGGAUGAUCCCAGUUAUAUUACCAUCAAGAAUGCAUUAUCUAGCGCAGUCGAGGAUCUUUUGAAAGAUGCUUCAAAUAACGCCAUGAUAAAAUCAAAGGAACAGACGAAGAUUUUAAAAUCAUAUUUGGGUAUAUCGGAUCGACCGGACGUCCAGUUUUCAGCCGUCAAUGGCACAUGCCAAUGGAUUCAUGCCCGACAAGAUUUUCAGGAUUGGAGGGAUCUCAUCGCAGAGCUCUCCGAAGAUGAAGGGGAAUUGAGGAAGCCUUCGAUAUUCUGGGUACAUGCUAACCCCGGGAUGGGCAAGACGUACCUAGCGGCACAUGUCGUCUCCAAACUUCAAAACUUCCAAUUUGAGUGUGCCUAUUAUCAUUUUCACGUUGGUAGUAAAUCAUCGCGUUCUUUAGCAGAAUUCCUCAGAUCCAUGGCAUACCAGAUGGCGUCGUCAAAUGCCUCGAUCCGCCAGAAAUUAAUCUCGAUGCAAGAUGAAGGCCUAUCGUUUGAUCCGGAGGAUGUCCAUUCAAUAUGGACCAAACUUUUCAAAAGAGGAGUAUUCCAGUCGGAUAUCCGAACGCCUCAGUACUGGGUGGUCGACGCUCUCGAUGAGUGCAGCAAAUAUCAAGAGCUUUUCGCGGCGAUUAAGGGAGAGAAGCUAAGUUUUCCCCUUCGGAUUUUUAUUACCAGUCGAAAUAUUCCGGAUAUACGAAGACUAUGUCAUCUCUCAGAGCCUUCCGCAACUAUAACAAGUAUUGAAAUACCAGUCGAAGAUAGUAUGGAUGAUAUAAGGUGCUACGUACAAAGCCGCAUUGAGGACCUACAGCCCGAUAUCAUUGAUAACAAGGAAGAUCUCAUGAAUAGAAUCGUUGAGAGGUCUAACGCCUCCUUUUUAUGGGUUCGGCUGGUAUUGGAUGAGCUAGGACAGGUAUACUCGAAAGAGGGCAUUCUGGAAGUACUUCAAAGCAUCCCAGAGGGGAUGAUACCUUAUUAUCAAAGAAUCGUUGGUGUGAUGGCGGAGAAGAAGUCGGAGAAAAGCAUUUCUAAGGCCAUACUACUCUGGACAGUGACAACAUACCGGAGCCUGACAAUCUCAGAGCUCUCACAGGCACUAAACCUAGACAUCGGCGUCAAUCUUCCUAACGCGAAGAGUGUCGUGGAAGGACUGUGCGGCCAGCUGGUGUCCGUCGACACUAUUUCCGGAACAGUUAACCUUGUUCAUCCGAUAGCUCGUGAAUUUCUUCUAUCGGAAGCUGCAGGGGAAUUUUCGAUUUCGGCCUCCUUGGCGCACGAAAGGAUUGCGUUGGCAUGCUUACAAUUAUUGUGCAGUAACGAGUUGCAGCCACCUCGGAACCGGCGAUUAUUAGGCACGAGUGCGCAUCAAAAAGAGCACUCGUCUCUUCUCGACUACGCGAUAACAGAGUUCUCUGAGCAUAUAUGCCAUGCGUCGGUCGAAAAUGAUGAAUUACUACUCCUGCUGGAUCGUCUUUUUAGAAUGAACGUAUUAUCUUGGAUCGAAAAAGUCUCUCAAAAGGGCGAUCUCUACUGUCUAAUUAGAGCUUCAAGGAAUUUGAAAGCUUACUUGGGCAGAAGAAUCAAUCGCCAAUCCUCUCUUUCAAGUCAAGUGAAGAAUAUUGACGAAUGGUCGACAGAUUUGAGUAGGAUAGUGGCAAGGUUCGGCGUUGCUCUCUUGGGGGAUCCUUCAUCGAUUUAUUUCGUUAUCCCACCUCUCUGCCCUUCUAACUCUAUUACUCACCAGCGUUUUGGAAAACGUCCCGAUGGUCUGGAGAUUGUAGGAUUCAAGCAAAGUACAUGGGAUGAGUGCGUUGCCUUAACCAGUCUUAGUGAAGAUACCAUACCCGCAACGGUCUUCUGUGGAGAGAGACAUAUCGCUGUCGGAAUGGAAUCCGGCGACGUAUGUCUUUACGAACAACACGGCUUCAAGAAGGUUGGAGUGAUCAACUACACAUACCCAAUUGACUUGGUGCAUGUUAUAGGCAAAUAUGUGGCGGUAUGCACCAUUCGGUCUGUGGCUGUGAAGGGCCUAGAGGGUAAUGUAAUAUGGGAAAAGCGACUCAAGUUCCGUUGCAUACUUCUUACGUCUUUUGAUAACUCUCUUAUUGGUGUAACCCAACACGGACAUCUACUGAAGUGGGACUUAUCCAGUGGGGCACCCCUUGAGGAUCAAGUAUUCACUUAUAAAACUCAUAGCGGCGGACCUGAGCAAGCUAUAUUUGGUGGUAAGGCACCGGCACUAGCAUCUAUAUCUCCCGACAUGGAGAUUCUUGCCCUCGCAUAUGCAGAUGGUACGGUCUGCAUCUGGGAUAUUCCAACUGGCGAGCUGAUCGGAUGGGCCGCGGAUGAAGAAAAUAAAUCCCCCUCUGUUUUGAUGUUCAAUCCCAAUUCAAACAUACCCCUCCUUCUUGCCAUAUAUGCAAACCAUGACAUGUCACUUUAUGAUACUUGGUCUAUGGGGUUGGUUAAUAGCUACAAGACGGCUGAGGCCAUGGGAAUACUAUCUGCGUCUUGUUCCCCAGAUGGAAGAACGCUUGCAACCGCCGACACACGUUGGAAUUUACAAAUAUGGGACUUUGAAUCGUUAUCGCAAUUGCACCACAUUCUAUCACCUGCAGAGUCCUUUAGACUACUAGGUUUUACUUCGGAUAGCUCGAGCGUGGUUGAUGUCACAGACUCCAACAUGCGUAUCUGGUCUCCUACGGCUCUGAUUCGGAAACAUACUGAGUACGAAAGUAGUGAUAGCACUAUUACGCCUGUAGUUACUAAAGGUCAUUACGAUGCAUUGAGGAUAUCGAGAAUUACAGCUGUUUGUGCUCAUCAUUCCCUCCCCAUUGUAUUCGCGGGAAAAUUUACGGGCCAGAUUAUUGCUUUCGACACGCAGACAGGGCAGCAAGUCUCAACACUGUAUUCCCAUUCCCCUGAGGCCUGUGUCAAGGAAAUAAUAGCGAGCGAGGGGAAUAUUAUCGCUUCAGUCGACGCCAAUGACGUUGUCCAAGUUUGGAGACUCGCGACAGACCAACAUGGGGCGAUAGUUUGCGAGUCACAGUUGCUACAAGUAUCCCUAAGUGCUUGGGUGAAACAACUAUGCUUUAGUACCAACAGUAACUAUCUUUUAGCUGCAAAAUCUCACGAAGAUCUAGUGUAUUCCAUGAAGGAUGGCUCUUGCGUAGGCACACUACCUUUUAAUCCCUAUGAAAGGCGAGUUUGGCGAUGGGUUCGGGAAUUUGAACGAGGCGGCGAGGAACAAUUUUUAUUGUUAAGCAAUCACACCCUUCAGCGAUAUAGUGCGGACGCUUUCCCAUUGGUUAUCAACAACUCAGAGAUUCAUCUCGAAUAUCAACUACCUAUCAAGGAUUCCGAGACAACGAUUCAUUCGGCGUCAAUACAUGAUGAAACACAGACCUUGAUACUUGAAAUCCAUUUUCACUUGGAAUACGUUUACUCAUCAACUGUGCUUCUCUUUAAUCUCGGGAGUGUACCCGAUGACAAGGAGGAAGGCAUAAUAUCUCUGAACGCCGUUCCACUUCAUCACCUCAAACAUUUUAUUGGAUUCGGGCGGGAAGCGAAUAACUUUGUGUUUCUGCAUAGGGACUCAUGGUUAUGCAGCACCGAUAUCGACAGCAUUACGACGAAGCAGCUUUGUCGACACUUCUUAAUCCCGAAUGAGUAUAUACCAUCGGAUCGUCAAAUACUAGCGGUUAGGGGCUCGGACGAUAGCAUAGUAUUUUGUUUGCAUGGGGAAUUAUCUAUUUUUAAGAAUGGGCUUAGAUUUCGAGAAAUCCAAACAAUAGAAUAG